CACGCCUUACCGGCAGGGGGCCGCCUGCAGGAGGAGCUGCACCUCAAACCUGUCGGGAGUAAAGUAGAAACGGAAGUAAGAUUGAUAUCAACAACCUGAGUUGCAACUUAGGCAAAACUUUACUGCAGCUAAACGGAUACACUUUUUAAGUUAUUAUUAUCGAUACAAAUACCGUAUUAUGGGGGAAGCAUUUUCCUGCGUGCCGGGGAAGUGGUUUGUUUUUGUGCUUAAACUCAGUGGCUAGUUUAGCAAGUUAGAGCAGCUACGUUGGCUCACUUUCUGUCAGCUGACUAGCGUGAAUUACUUUUUUUUGUCCGCUCCUGUAAGCAAACACUAGUCUACUAUGCUCAGGUGUCGCUCGGUGCUUAGUUUCAACAAGGUUGCAGGUGUAGCGGGACUGUCUGCUAGCUGUCGUUGACACCUCCUGGUAGUUUUUAUGUUGCUUGCAAUGCUCCUGCAGCUGCUUGCACCUGUCAACUAGCUGCUCCUCUCCUCUCCUCCUGUCUCCAUGGCUCACUGCGGCUCCUCCGAGCCGAGCGCAAAGCUCCCGGCGCCGCGUAGCGACAGCACCAAGCCGCCUCAGGGCAGCGUGGACCAGAGCAUGAAGCCGGUGCUGUUCGAGAUCUUCGGAGAGAUAUGGACCGUCCAGUCCCGGCUCGGCCAGGGAGUCUCGGCCUCGGUGUACCGGGUGAGCUCGGGCAGAGCCAGCACCACCGCCGCGGUCAAGGAGUUCCAGGCCGACACUCAGGGAGGAGAUUACGGCUAUCACAAGGAGAGGUCCGUGCUGGAAGACAUCCAGGGACAUAAAAACAUUGUGACACUCUACGGGGUGUUCACCAACCACAGCUGCAUGGGUGUUGCCACCCGCUGUCUUCUGCUGGAGCUUCUGGAUGUCAGCGUGUCUGAUCUGUUGGUGAGAGGCACCACUGGUACCCAGAGUGGCAGACCCCAGCAGGGCCACUCCAUGUGGCUCGUCCAGCACUGUGCCAGAGACAUCCUGGAGGCUUUGGCCUUCCUCCACAGGGAAGGCUACGUCCACGCUGACCUCAAGCCACGCAACAUCCUCUGGAGCGCUGAUGACGAGUGCUUCAAGCUCAUCGACUUCGGCCUCAGCUUCAAAGAGGGACACCAGGAUGUCAAGUACAUCCAGACAGACGGGUACCGAGCUCCAGAGGCCGAGCUUCAGAACAGCCUGGCCCAGGCCGGGGUGGAGGUGGAGGGGGACUCAGGCUGCACAGCAGCUGUUGAUCUGUGGAGCCUGGGCAUCAUCCUGUUGGAGAUGUUCUCAGGAAUGAAACUCAAAGACACCGUCCGCUCAAAGGAGUGGAAGGACAACAGUGCUGCCAUUGUUGACCAUCUUUUUGCCAGCAACAGUGUGGUGUGCCCUGCCAUCCCUGUCUAUCACCUCAGAGACCUUAUCAAAAGCAUGCUUCUCAACGACCCAAAGCAAAGAUGCAGUGCUGAAGCUGCCCUGCUGAGCCCAUUCUUCAGUAUUCCCUUUGCUCCUCACAUUGAGGACCUGGUUCUGCUGCCCACUCCUGUUCUGCGUCUUCUCAACCUGAUCGAUGACAGCCAUCUGCACAAUGAAGAAGAGUACGAAGACAUCCUGGAGGACAUGAAAGAAGAGUGCCAGAAGUAUGGCUCAGUCGUGUCCCUGCUCAUCCCCAAGGAGAACCCAGGGAAAGGACAGGUGUUUGUGGAGUACGCCAACUCCAGUGACUCCAAAGAGGCUCAGAGGCUGCUGACGGGCCGCACCUUCGACGGGAAGUUUGUCGUGGCCACCUUCUACCCUCUCAGCGCUUAUAAAAGAGGUUACUUGUACCAGACUGUGCAGUAAAGUCCUAAAGCUCAGUUUUCACCUCUGCACUGUCCGCAUGAAAAACACAACUGCAUAGAAUACCACAAGGGAGAAUUGCUCUUCUCCAUUUGAAAAGAACCUACACAAAUUGAUGAGUGGAUUCCCUGCAGCUUGAGUUCAAAUUAAUCAGUUAUAAUGAGUGUAGUGAAAAGUUCUGCAUGUUGUUCAUGUGGUUUUCUACAGUAAAUAUGUGUUUCGUGCAGAGCAUAAACUGAACUUAGCUGUGAGGAGAGUACAGCAACACAACACUGCUGCCUCCAGUCUGCACUGCUCUUAUCGGUGCAAAUCAUUUAGUGCUUCAAAGUGACCUGUACCAUUGAAUGACUCUAGGAGGUCUAUGGUCUGGGUACAGCAGUCCAUGUUCCUUCAUUCUCAUUCAUUCAUAGAAAUAACACUGAAAGAAUAUGUUAUGUAGAUGGACAGAGCAAAAGCCUUUAUCAAAUUGAGUAUAGUUUGAAAAUAUGUGCUCUACAUUACAUCUAAAGAGGAAAAACCUGUGUAGAAAAAGCAGUAGUGAAACACUCUAUCAUCAGGGAUGUGAUUAGAAACAUGUAGCAGGAUAAUUUCCCAGUAGUAUGAAUGGUUUUAUGCCUGUCAAAGAAAUCCUGUCAAGUGAAUAAUAAUAAUAAUAGUUGUAUUAGUUUUUGUUACGUUGAACAUUUAAUGGGAGUAAAUGGUGUGGUACAAGGGGAUAAACAGGUGUCCUCUUCUGGCUCCUCAGGCAGUUAUCAAGGAGAAAUGUUUGAACUAAAUGCUAAUAUCUGAGCUAGCUAAGGGCCCCUAGUGCCCCGUCCUGUAGCCUUAUGCUUUGUAGCUUUUUAUUUAGAAAAGUCUACAUUCUCAGAGAAUAUUUUUUAUCAUCCUCAUAUUAUGCAGACUUCACAGUUCUGUGUUUUGACUGCAGCACUGAAAGGGCACAUGAACAAGUACAUAUUUUUGAAUGCAUGCUGCAAAUGAUUGAGAGAGAAUAAGUUUAGGUAGUUAGAAGGUGACUUGUGUGAAUACAAUCUGAAUUGUCCAAAACUUUUUCCAGUUGGAAAAUGAGUGCAUGGAAAAAAAGCACAAGUUCCAACAACUGUAGAAAAAAGUCUUCUAACUUAUUAAAGGCUAGUAUUCUUCCUUUUUUGACAUUGUAGUGAUGAUGUAGUUGGAGCUAUAGUCUAGAACCAAAGUGUGGAGCAGCAUAUUGCUGUUCAGAGUCUUAUUGAGACGGUAGAAAAUACUGAAAUAAAGUAUGCAGUGUUAAUGUAAUGAGGAGUUUAAAGCCACUGUGUGUAACAUUUAUAGCACUAUUUGAAUAAUGCAAAUGUUGUUUUUAGAAAUUCCUGGUGGAGAUUGGUGCAGUUUAUGUGUUCCUUUCACCAAAGUUGGACGUUUUCAAAUCCUACACAGUGUCUUUAAAUAAUUUGGAGUACUAUGCAUAUGCAAUGUGAAGAGCAAAGGUUAUUGUACUACGUAGACUGAUAAAGUUUAAUGUUACAAUCUUCAACUGACACUUUAAUGACCUUUUAAUCUUUGAGUUAGUUUGUGCAGUGGGUUGAUGGAUAGACUACAAGUCCCGUGGGAAUACGUUUUACCAAGGCAUCUGUUUUUGGAGUACCCAAAAUGCAGGACAUUGCAUAGUUUUAUACUUUAGUCAGUUGCUAGUUGCAUGACAAUGUAUAGAGUUUUAUGAAUCAGUAAUGUGACAGAAGUGUCAUAAAAUGUGAAGUUUUGAGAUAAAAGUUUUUUUCGUAACUAACAAAAUAACUUGAUUUUGUUAUGCUGGUUCCAUCAGGGCAGUUAGAUCGCUUUACUAACAGGAAGAAGCUUGAUUAAGUUGGAUAGUAGACAGAUAUUCAGCAGAUUUGGUAUCUGAGCAGUGGAAUGUGCUUUUCGUUGAACCAGAAAUUGUUUUGCUUUUUAUUAGUAAUAAUAGUGGAUAUGUAGUUCCCAUCAAGUCUACUCUGUCACGCUGAAACAUUUUUUUUUUUUUACACAAGUGCCCUGUGACAUUCAAGCUAACGAGUAGCUAACUAACCAAAAAAUGGUGCUAUAACAACAGGUUGUGCUACAACUGCAUGUGUCGAUUCCUUGAGUAGCCCAAGCCAUUGCAGAUGCCUUAGAAAAUGAUUCCCUUCCAGCACAUAUCGUCUCAGUAACCCAGUAACAAAGCCAAAUUUUGUUACUGGGUUAGAGACAUAAUAGAGCAGUCAUCAAGUUAAAUAUCUUGACAAAGCUAGCCAUUGCCUAAUUUUCAAAACUGGCAACUGCAUCAACAAAUUAAAAUGAUGGUAAUAUGCUUAUCCUGUUUUUAUUAUUAUGGAUGUAUUAUAAGAUCUGGAUAACAGAGCCUAUGAUGGCGCAUAUUCAGUCCAAUGUGAACUUCUCACCUGCCACAUACAAAGCAACAACCUCCGGGUCUGAAAAGUGAAACCAAUGCAGGAACGCCUUAUACCUGCAUUCUAUCUAACGGCCAGCAGGGGGCGACUCCUCUGGUAGUAGAAAGAAGUCAGUUUGUAUGAAAGUCAAUAGGAAUAUGACCCUACUUCUUACUGGUUUAUUUCCUUUGUAAACAUUGUCAUAAUGAGUUUAUGGUCUCAAUCGAUUGUUUUAAAUCUUCUUGCCCCAUGCUAAUCAAGCAUCACUAGCUUUAGCGUAUAUGUAGCAUUAUUAGGGCUCCGGAUCCAAAAUGUCUAACUCAUGACUUGAGUCCACAAACCAUUCGGCAAUGUCAAAGUGACUAUGUCCGUUAUUUUUAUAGUCUAUGGCACAUACGCUAGAAUUUUUCUAGCUUCUAGGUUUACUUCCUCACGUAACAUACGUUGUCAUGAUGUCAUCAACUUCUCUCGGCUCAAGGACAGUUUUACAAAUAUAAAACCUCUAUGGAUUAAUUCAUUAUAGAAAUAGAAAGGGGUCAUUGGAAAAAUUGGAAGCAAGACUGAGUGGCGGCGCUGUGUCCAGUCCUUAUUAUACAUCCAUAUAGUACUGCAAGAGUAAAUGCUAAACUGGUGGUGUUAACUAAAUGCUGCAUACAAAAAUGCUAAGUAAUGCUUUUGAGUCUGCUAGUAUUAGCUAACACCACAAAGCAAGGCUGUAGCAGCAAGCCCUAGUGUACUAAAGUGAGCAGGGGUCUGUUUUACUUCUUGCGAGUUUUAUUAAGGAAGCAAGACUUGUUUCCUCUCUAAAAGUUUUGGACUUUUGCUUUACAGUCUGGUGUGUGAGAAGCUGCAACUGGUUCAGGUUGUAGAGCACAAAUAUAAAGCCCUGCUCCGUCUGAAUGGGUCAUGUGAUCUGAGUAUGUGAGAGAAACUUUAAGGAAAUAUUCUAAGCUUAUGGGCACAAGAAUCUUCCUCUACCUGAGACCUAUUUUCAUUAAAUAAUGUGUUGUUCCUUCCCCUUUUAAAGGAAUAUAUUUAAAUUCUGCAACCAAAAAAUUAAAAACGUGGAGUUGGGGGGGGGUACUGUCUACUACAGUACUACAAAAAAAAAAACAACAUAUUUUUCUACCAACUCUAAUUGUUUGUGCCUGAAAUGUGAAUUCCAAAGUUUCCACUCGAGAGCAUCACUGAACUAAAAAUCUCGAUUUGGAUCUCCAAACCACUUAACUAAAGAGCACUUUUGGACUUGCACUCUGUGGUGCAGAAGCGAGAUGGUCAGUGUUGUCAGUUACGUUUAACCAGCACUCCUCAAAUAACAAUACUACUAACUAAAGAAUACAUUUUCUUCCACAUUUUUCAUCAUUUGUCCCAUAGUUUGUCACAAACCUGGUACAGAAGAUUAAUCUUUGAUAAUGUCAUCAUUUUUCUUUACGAUAUUUGAGAUUUGAUGUUGUCCUCGCUCCAUAACUAUCUUCUCUUUGUAUGAUUCAGCUGGAAAACAUAUGAGUGUCUGCAGUUUACUGAUUGGGUCCCUGCAAGAAUACAGUCACCACAGAUUUACUGUACACUAUCAAAUAAUGAGUACAGGCCUUAAAUUCUGCGGGAUAUAAAGAGCUAAAGGAGAAUUUGGACAUUAUGGGAACUUGCUUGUUUGUGUUCGAUGAUGCAUGAAAAAUUAGUGUGUGUAAGUUUUGCUCUUCAUAUGAUAUUAAGGGAUUGUGUGAGUGUAGACUUGGAAUAAUUGGAGGAUGUGUGUUAGUGUAUCAAAAAUGUAUCUUAACUUCCAGAGCUCAGUCCUGCCUCGUCCCCUCAGGAUUAAAGUAGCCGUUACUCAUUAAUAUUGGCUCAUAGUCGUCAUGAAUCCUGUUUGGAGAUGUGACUAAUUGGCCACAACAGCUAAAAAAAACCCUAAUUUCAACAAAGUGUAGAGUGCGACCCUUCACUAACUCAAUUUUGACAUGUAUUCAGUUAAAAAUUUUAAUGGCAAAAUAUUUUCUAUUCAAACCGAUCAACUUUAUUGUUCAUACAUACAUUCAUUGUGAAUUUGAAGCCUGCAACAUAUCCGGAAACACAUUGGGAUAGGGGCAUGUUUACCACUUUGUUACAUCUUUUCCUUUAACAACACUCCGUAAGCGUUGAGAAACUGAGGACAAGUGAAAUUCUUCCCCAUUCUUGCUUGAUACACGACAGAAGAGUUUGUGUCGGUACCAACCAUUACGACGCGUAUGUACCUAUCACGUAUCGCGGCUCGGGGUACAUCACCUCGAUCUAAUAAUAACACACACGUCAUUAUGCAUACACGUACUGUUCGUGGUUGUAAAAAAGGCUGCAGUGGAUUUUGUGGAUUUAUGUUUUUUAAACCACUGACCUAGCUAAGCACAGAGGCAAGGUGAGGGAUGACAAGAAGACAGCAUAUGACUUUUGUAUCUGAUGCUUCAGACUUUAUUUAUAUAUGACCAUCCACAUGAUGAAUCUACGAUUUAAAGCCCCACGGGUUCAUUCACUGGUUUGUGCAUCAUCUUGUUUCACAUACUGGAGAUUGAAUCUGUUGUGGUGUGCAUUAAUGUUAACAUGAGGUUAAUGGAUGUGGAUGGAGAUACAGUUUCUACUGUAGUUUACGUAAGGAUUGCAGAAUUUUUUAAUAUUGACAGCUGCAAUUACAAUGUGACUGUCCUACUUUUAUGGAUGAAUUAAAAGGCUAAUUGACUGACAGCGUUUGACAAUAAUAGUAGUUUAAGAAAUAAGCUGCUGCCACAAAGCUGUGAGCAUCUGCAGUGAUAUCUUUUAUUAGAUUCAAAUAUUUACUGUGGCUGCUGUUGACCUGAAUGAUCAACUAUGAAGUUGUUUGCUGCAUGCUGAUCCUGUUUGGGGUAGAAGAUCAUUCCUAGUUCAGGGAUGGGCAACUGGAGGCCCGGUGGCCGCAUACGGCUCCCACCCUCACUUGAAGUGUCCCUCAGUACAACUACAUGCAUUUGAGCAUGAAAUCUUAAAAGUGCAGUGUAAAAAUGCACAAAAUUACUUCUUGCAAUUAAUGUUGGUCUGCUGUUCUUGCACUGAAAAAAAAAGAAAUCACAGUAAAUGGUUAUUUUUUAUUUGCUAACCAUUUGUAUUCCUAUUUAUACUGUUAUACAUGCAUUUGAGCAUUAAAUAUGUUAAGUUACUGCACUGUAAACAUAUUUAAAAUUGCAGUUUCAUCAUAUCUGGUUAAGUGCACGCUCCUAUAUUUGUCCCUGUGAUAGUGUUGAUUAAAAAAUGUGGCCCCCUCCAGCAUUUAAGUUUCCCAUCCCUGUUCUAGUUGAAUCCUGAAAGCAUCUUGAGCUGGUUGGAUUUCCAGGAUAUGCAAAAUCAGCUGUUUUCUUGUGUUUGUUUACACAAUGAUUAUCACUUUAAUUGAUAUUAGGGUUGUAGAAAUAUUCUUUUUUUAAAAUUAUUAUUAUUAUAUCACUAUUACGUUGGUUUUUACACGCUGUAGAGGAUGUUUUGUUUUUGUCCCAAAUAGAACGUGUGCUGUGUAGGUGAGAGAGACGUAAGAACAUGUUACACACUUUAUUUCACACUGUCCACCCUACUAAUGUGAUUUAAAUGAAAUAGUCGAUUUUAUCUCCGUCAUCAUGGUGAUGCUGUGUACACGUGGUUCAUGUUAACUAUUAUUAUAUGAGCAAAAUCCAGCUUGAUCUGAUUUGAAUAUUUAAAUCAAGCAGCAUCAUGAUAUUAUCAGAUACAUUUUGAACCCAUUGGUCCAUUGGUGACUAUAUGCAAACUAAGGCUGAAACUGACAAUUAAUGUAAUAAAUUCAAUAUUUAAUCAUAAUUUAUUUAUUAUUUUUAAUUUUCUAAAUUCAGUGUAACUUACACUUCCCAACGAUAAAAUUAUUUCUGUUUGCUAUAACACAUACAUCUCCAUAAAUCUGCUGAGAGAUCAGGAAAGAGAUGGUCCUUAUUAAUGGAGAACUUGCCUAACACGUCACAUUUUUAAAUUAUCUUGUGCAUCAAAGUAAUCUAGUGAUAGUUGUCUAUACAUCCAUAAUGGACAAAUUGCUGCAAAACUAAUGCAUACUUUUUUACUUGCUCACCAUUAUCAAUUUAGAUAAAUAUGGGAAAAAAGAACAACAGCACAGUGCUGCAUCUAUACAUUUUUUUUAUUUUAGCUAAAUACAGUUUGGCUUCAGAUUAGUUGUUGUUCAGACUCCCUUAUUGAUGUUAAACUGUUUAUCUCACCCCAGCUGAUUCAUAAUAAGUCUAUAAAUGCAGAAAGAGCUCAAAUUUCAGGACUCUAUAUUCUCUGUGGUAUGAUUUUUUUUAUAUAUAGCUCAUCCAUUUAAUUUAUAUAAAGGCUUAAGUUACCAUAUUUCCUCAAAUAGUAGCCGGGGCUUCUACUAAUGAAAAAUCAGUUUGGGACCCGGCUAAUAACAGGGGCAGGCUAUUAUUUGAAGGAGGCUUUUAUUAAAAAAAGAAAAUCAGAGCAGCUCUGACCGGCACUUUUUAGAGUGUUUUACACAGCGCAUUGUAGCCAGUUACCCGGAUGUCGGCCAUAUUGGAAGUACUCGGAUGUAAACAAACAAUGAACAGCUGAAUGUUAAUUUUAAGCAGGAUUUAAAAUGUCUAAACUACUAAAAAGCCCAGAAGAACGUGCGUAAACGGCUCGACUUUACAGAGAAUGACUAGGACAGCGGGAGAAACAACCAUAUUUACCUACAGUACUAACUCGUGUGGCCAAACUUAAAAAUACAGGUGUUGUGUUGAAAUCUGUUACCCGUCAAAUGAUGUUUCCUGAAUGGAGUUCUCCGUAGCAUCACCUCCACGGUUGGAGUUAGGAUUUAAGUUUAAGGUUAGGCCUUGUAGAGAGAACUGUUUGGGGUUAAGGUAAACUUGGGGUCAUGUUAACAACUUAAAGGAGGACUGGUUGGGGUCAGGGGUCAGGUUGGUGCAGGUUAAGGUAAGGGGGACACAUAUCGACAGGGGAACAGACUUUGACAUAACACCGGUAAGACACCCGGCUUAUAAAAGAGGCCGGCUUUUAUUUACUAAAAAUAGUUUUUACACCCGGUUACUAAAUGAGGCCGGUCAUUAAUAGGGGCCCGGCUUUAAAUUGAGGAAAUACGGUAAGUCUAUAAAUGCAGAAAGUGCUCAAAUUUCUGGACUCCAUAUUCUCUGUGGUAUGUUUUAUAUUUAUAUAUAUAUAUAUAUAUAUAUAUAGCUCAUCCAUUUAAUUUAUAUUAAGGCUUAAGUUAUGCAUAAUAAAGGGCAUGGUUGCUUUGAGUGACCUCACAGGUGUUUGUAGUGAGGCGAGGCACAUUAUUGUUUUUACAAAUGCCAGUUUCUGUUUGCAAAGUGGCCCGUGGAUUCUGUGUACUGACAUUAGUCACCCAAAAGUGUGGUAGUACUUUUGGUGUGAGUAUUGGUAGACCGCAGCACUAACGUGUUGUCAGCAGGGACAGAGAUGGGGCAGAAAGAACAAUAUCAGAUGUCUUUAAGAGCUCCAUCACACUUGUUGGGUGAUCCUGAGCUGAGAUUGAUUUCCUUCCAGGUAUUACUUCAUACUGUAGAGUUGAGAAUGGGUUGAAGCUGCCUUUCCUUCACCUGCACUGGCUUCAAGACUAACACAGGACAGACAGGGGUCUCUGUCCUGUCAGGAUUUAGUGUGUAUGCAUGACGUUUCUACCUACAUGCUUGGCUCCAUUUUCUUCCUGCCUGUCUCAAUGUCGGUCUCUGUGGCUCAGACUCAAACAGGCGUCGUCACUACUUCCUCUUCAGGCUUGUAAAGCUGUACUUUUAAACCUGUCUUCCCAUCAUAGUCUAGUCGUAAUUCCCAUAGACCCAAUAGUAAACCCAGAAAUGUUGUGUGUAUGCAAAUGAGCGCAUAUUUGAUGAGAUAAGGCCUCAUUUGCAUAUGUAAACAUGGAAAUACAAAAAACAUGCAGUACAUUUUUUACUCAUCUUAACAUAAGUAAUCAACUGAGAAAGUUUCAUGGUGAUAUCUAUUAUUUAAUUUUUUUACCCUAUUCACCUGUGGUGUCUUGACUUUAUUGGCUUAUUAUGCUAAUUAUGCAAAUUGUCCAAAGUGCAACUAUUAGCAACUGAGUUAAAUUCCAUCCAUUAGGCCUAUAGAUGAAAUUUCUGCAAUAAAACUUUAGGGUACUCAACAUUUCUGGGUUCAAGAAAUUACGAAUAGACUAUCAGUUUGAAUUAAAUUCUGGUUUUGUGUGUGGACACAAAAAGGAAAUCUGUGCUCACAGAACAUAACAGCAGAAUCUAAACGGGCUUCUGCAAAUACAGUCAAGUAUAGUUGUUGUUUUUCGUUGACGUUGGUUUUCUUGGUGGUAAAGUCUUAACAUUUCAAACACUUCUCACUGCUAAAGUGCAGCUUUCAGUCAAUUAUCUUCCAUUUCCUGUCAUCUGUGAAGACAUUUUUCUUUCUUCUUUUUGUCUUUGUUGCUCGGCGUGGCUCCUGUGUGCACUGACAGAGAAUCAGGGUUGUGCAUUUAUUUCAUGGCGCCGGUUUUGUCUAGUGUGUCUAGAUAACUUGGGCAGUUUGUGUGUGUGUGUGUGUGUAGAGGAUGAAGCAGCAGUAAAAUGUUUGCAUAAUUUUAUUGUUUAUAAGUUAGAGCUGUGUGCCUGGUUACAUUGUUUUUUGUCAGACUUUUUUCUUCCAUUAUUGUGUGCGUUUGUGUGUGUUUUUGUAGUGUUAUAGCUAAAGUGCUGUAUGCACGUUUGCUUGCAAUCUUUUAUAUGAUUUUAAAUCAUAAGGACAAUGUGAGUAAACGUCAGUUUUGAACUGAAGCGUGCAGCCAGCCAUUUAUACUGUGAUGUCUUUAGUAUCCAUUCCUAUUAACAAAGCACACAUUAUUUAAGGCACAGGAGAUAAAAUAUGUAGUAGGGAUGUCACGAUUACCCGUUUUCACGAUUAAUCGUUAUUACCCGUUUUCACGAUUAAUCGUGGUAUUAAACAUUAUGAUUAGGGCCGGGACUCGAUUAAAAGAAUUAAUCUAAUUAAUUAGAGGCUUUGUAAUUAAUUAAUCAAAAUUAAUCACAUUUUAAUCGCAUAAAUAUUUGACCUGAGAACAGUGAGAAGUAAUUUUUUUCACAUGAAUUUUUAGUAUACCAUUGAAUAAUGACUGAAUACAUAAGCUUAAGCAACAAAAAUAUUGUUUAUUUUUGUUCAAGUCCAACAGACCAGUGCAAUUUUUGCCAUUAAGUGUAGCAAUAGCAUAUUUAGAAAUAUAGUACAUUUCAGAAAUUCAGGUAGCCUAUAGGUAGGUAGACCUUCUGUAAACUAGAAUACUUUGGUUUUUUAAGUAAAACACAAUCCACGCUAGCUACCACACUAGCCGCUAGCUGCUAUAUGUUUAGCAUUGAGGUGAUACUUGAGGCUGGAUGUGCUGCGGUGAUAUGUGAAUUCCUUGUUGCAUAGCAACACAACCAUGCUCUUAUCGACGCUUCCAUCCGUUGGUUUUUAGUAACAAAAUGUCCCAUCAUCCACGGGGCCAACCAAAGCGUCUCAUCAGCUUCUUCCUUCAUGUUCACUGUGGUUUGUUGUUGUCUGAACUCAUGAACGCUAGUUGGUGCUCCAGUAUAAUCGGUCCGCCUGAAACUCAUCCAGUGAGAAACGUUACGCGGUGCAAAAAUAAGUGCGAUUAAAAUGCGUACAAUUUUUUAACGUGUUAAUUUUGGUGUAAUUAAUUAACCUUAAUUAACGCGUUAAAGUCCCGGCCCUAGUUAUGAUUAGUUAACAUUUCCUAAAUACCGGCAAUUUCCGGAAAAGAUUAUGCUGGAACCAUGGUUGCACAUCAGCGCAACUCGCCUGGAACGAAAAUAAAAUUACACAGCAACCGCGUGUCACCACUUAUGUUGCUUUGUUUUCGGUCCGUGCAGUUGCAGACAGAGGUGACAGGAGGUAAAGCAUGGAAGGGGAAGAGCUAUUCCCUCCGAAAAAACGUGUGAAAUCAUCCAUGUGGGAAUGUUUUGGCUACCCAAAAAAUUACCAAGGUGUCAUUGUUGAAGACGGUCUGCCCAGGUGUAAAACAUGCCACAAAAAAAGUAACACAUCAAACAUGUUUCAACACCUGCGGGAUAACCUCGUCAAACAGUUUGUGUCACUGUGCGAUGGCCUGUAUAAGAAAAAGUAAUGUAAUCUUCUAAAGGUCCUCAGUGAGUGAACAUUAAUCAUUACCUCCUUUUAUUUCUGUAUUGAGACAAACAUUUAGUAUAUAUGACAUUCCCCCUCGGAUUAUUACAAUUUUUCUUGUACUUUUUGGUUACUUUACAUUGUUGCUAUAUUAUUUUGUUAUGAGAGCAUCCAGAGAGGGAAAUACAUAAAAAAAUAAAAAAAAGACCUAUAAGGAGUGUUCAUGUGAUUUAACUUAUUCAUAGCAGUGUGAAAUUAAUCAAUGCAAAAAUAAUCGUGACAAUCGUAAUAUAGUGAUUAUUUCUCUGACAAUAAUCGUACCAAGAAAAUCUGUGAUCGUGACAUCCCUAAUAUGUAGUGCAGUGGUGUUUAGAGAGAAAUACAAAUAUAUUUAUUCAACUGCUUUAUUCGGCUCAACAGAGCCUGACACAACACUUUCACGAAACACAAAGGCUUUAUUAAGAGGGCUUUCAAGUCACAAAGUAUACUUUAUCAGCUGAGGAACAAUCACACUACAAUAGUGAUUAUAUAUUGACAAAGUGUUUACUGGUGGUAGAAAAGGAUGAUACUGUCUUCCUUUUUAAAAAAAAAAAAAAAAAAAGACCACAUAGGUUGUUUGUACAAGCACCUUAUUGCAACCCAUAUUAAUUAUUGUCAGACAGUGACCUCUAGUGGCUGCAGUAAUUCUGACAGGAGCAAAGAAAGUCUGGUGACUUAGUAUAAAGAACAACAAAGAACAAGCACAGGACUUUGACCCAGGCAAAAGUCAGCGUUAAGUAAUUUUAAAAUGUAAUGUAGGUUACCUUAAGUAAGUUAAGAUAUUAAACAGUUACAAAUGGACUUAUUUUAACCCAAAUUAUGAAAGUUUUGGUGCCUAAACAUAACCAAACUGCAUCUUAUUCCACAACCAAUCUAUAAGCCAUGUUGCUCCUCACUUAGGAAACACUCCUGUGGGUCAUAUAGAGAGUACGAACAAACAACCUAUGUGGUCGUAUGGGUUGGCGGAUUUGUUGAAAAGAACUGUGAUUUUGUGUGAAAAAUAGUUGUCUUUUUUUUUUUUAAAAAGGGUUUGGUGAAAAAUCUCUGUGGGUUUCACUUUACGAUGACUUGUCUCAUAUUACACAUUGUUCUUUGAUACAUUUUUAUUGUCUCAUUUUUUAUGUGUGAAGCUUUAAAAGUCCUUGUCACGUCUGAGUAUCAGCCUUUUCAUAUAAAAGCCGGUCCCAUGAGCCUUGACCUUAACAUAUAGGAACAAUGAUUUAAACCCAAAUGUCUAAUCGGGUUUGGGUAUAAAUGUUGAGCUGCACAAGUUGUGAGGGUGUCCACAUACCAAAUCCUGACAGAACUGUCAGACAACCAAAACCAUAGUGAGAUAAUGAGUUGAUUAGGAGAAAGAAGUUGUGUCUGAACACCUCAAAACGGUCAAGUCAUUGGUCUAAUAUCUCUUUUUUUAAAUUUCGAAUGACACUCCUCAUGACAUUUGUUUCCUGUUUCCUGUUUUGGUUGAGAGAAAGCUGAAAGUCAAAAGGAUUUUGACACUUUAUGAUGUUUCAGAGAACAGUGGGAUCUUUGAUUUGGCCAAAUAAAUUAUACACUUUUUAUGAAUGAAACAUUAAAAUAUAAAGUGUUGAUGUUCAUUUCUAUUCCCAGAGAAUCCAUCCUCAGUGAGUCAAUGUCCCACAGGUCAAACUGGAGUGAAAGCAACGUAUCAUUACUUUCUGUUUCAAAAUGUCUGCUUAAAGGAAGCACAAUGUGAGAAGAUUCACUGUAUGAAAGACACAUAUAACAUGUAUGAAACUGUGACAGUUCGUCCAUGAUUUACAGCCUUCCAGGUGAGAGUGAAUCAUGGCAUUCGUGCUGUUGUCUUUGAGUAUCUCAUAAUAAAAAAUGAUGAUUGACUUGAA